GGUUGUUGGUUUUUGCAGAGUUGUCUCACCAUGAUGGAGGAGAACAGUGCACACUUCUUCAAAGGGACUGAGAAGCUACUGGAGGUGUGGUUCGCCUGGCAACAACCCUCGCUGCAGGAGCCGCACCAAAGCAAGGGGUCUGGUGAUCUCCGCACCAUUCCCAGGCUUGAGUGGGACAAACUGUUGGAGAAUGUGCAUUGUUUGAUCAUAAGUGUGACAAAAACUGACAAGCAGGAAGCUUAUGUACUCAGUGAGAGUAGCAUGUUUGUCUCCAAGAGACGUUUCAUUUUGAAGACAUGUGGUACCACCCUCUUACUGCAGGCACUGGUUCCCCUGUUAGAGCUUGCUAGAGAGUACUGUGGGUUUGACUCAAUUCAGAGCUUCUUUUAUUCACGUAAGAAUUUCAUGAAGCCUUCCCACCAAGAGUACCCACACAGGAAUUUCCAGGAAGAAGCAGAGUUCCUUAAUGAAAUAUUUCCAAAUGGAGCAGCUUAUUGCAUGGGCCGUAUGAACUCUGACUGUUGGUACUUGUACACUCUGGAUUUUCCAGAGAGUCGGGUAAUCAAUCAGCCAGAUCAAACAUUGGAAAUUCUGAUGAGCGAGCUCGAUUCAGUAGUUAUGGACCAGUUCUACAUGAAAGAUGGUGUUACUGCAAAUGAUGUCACUUGUAUGAGUGGAAUUCGUGACCUGAUACCAGGUUCUGUCAUUGAUGCUACAAUGUUCAAUCCUUGUGGAUAUUCAAUGAAUGGGAUGAAAACAGAUGGAACAUAA